GUAUGGGGUCUUGAGCUGUCGACCUUUCUGUCCAGUUCCAAUGCGCCAUGAUCAUAUUGUUCGGCUUGCUGGCCAGUGCAUCUGCACAAGGGCACAUUUGGUCAGCCAAAUUAUGCCCAGAGCUAUACGAUGCCAACGGUAUCUGGAAGGGCUCGUUGAUGGUUGGAGGGAAUUACACCCUCUACUGUGCACCAGGCUUUGAAGUUUCUGGUCAGCCAGGUGGUAGCAGUAGGUCAAUGACCUGCCCUGACAGCCUCAUGUGGCCAUCAGAACUGUACUGCAAGAAUAUUGAUGACUGCGCCAAGCUUAAGCAUGGCUGUGGAGCUUUAGGUCUUUGUUUAGACCUCAUCGAAAGCUACGAUUGCAAUUGUGAAAAUGGUUUCUUCCAACGCCAUAUGCUGGAUGGUGAGAUCGUUUGUGGGCCCGAGGGCAUUGAUGAGCAGAUCUGCCGCGGCUACACAUGCGGAGCAUAUGGGGUUUGCAUCGACCUUGUGGGCAAUGGCACAGGCUACGAGUCUGUGAAGGCUCGCUCUUUGGAUGAGGGAACCUUCCGCUGCGAGUGCCGAGAUGGCUUCUUUGACAACGGCACCAGCUGUGAACACCAGGACUGUGGUGCUAAAACCGAUGCUCUGGGCGAAUGGCAAGGGAACACAAAGUUUGGUGGAGAGUACACCUUGCGCUGUCCCCUUGGUUCGUUUGUUUCGAGCGGGGCACUGCGAGAGAUCACCAUCUCGUGUCCCGCAAAUGGGCAAUGGCUGGAAACCAAUUUGCUCUGCGUGAGUCCCUCAGAUGAGGAGACCAAAAGUCGAAUGGCCACCAUGGAGAUUUGGUUUGACAUGUCAGCAGUGCUGCUUUGUGUCCUUUCAGCCGCUUUGGCUGCUGGGCUGACGCUGGGUUUGGCAACGUUGGAGCCUUUUGGCCUACAGGUAAUCCUGGCAGCGCGGCCAGAGGACUGUGUGACACAAGAGGAGAGAAGCAAGUUAAAGCUAGAACAGCAGUGCGCAUCUCGAAUUUUGCCACUAGUCAAGGACCACCAUUUGCUCCUCGUGACCCUCCUCCUCUUCAACACAGUGGCGAAUGAGGCGUUGCCGGUUUUCCUGGAUGAAUUGGUGCCUUCGUGGGUAGCCUUGCUGCUUUCGGUGUCCGUGGUGCUGGUAUGUGGAGAGAUUCUGCCAUCGGCUGUCUUCACCGGCCCCAACCAGUUCACUAUUGCCUCUGCCUUGGUUCCUUUGGUGUCAUUUCUUGAACUGGUCUUCUACUGUGUAGCGCGGCCUAUAGCCAACGUCCUCGACCAAAUCUUCAAGGACGAAGUGCAUGAAGAUGGCCAGAAGUACAGCCGUGCUGAGCUACGCGCUCUUUUGGCGCUGCACGCACCAGAGGAAAGGAAGCAAGAGUCAGAGGAGACACCUGCCACAAUCCCAGCUCCGCCAAAUUCCUACAGCUGUGACCUUUUGCCAAAGGAACCCACGGAGAUGUCGGAAGAACACUCCAAGGACCCGAACAGCAGCAGCGUGAUCACCACAGCUGAGCUGCGCAUGAUGGACAGUGUUUUCGGCUUACAAAAGCAAACGCUUGGCAAGUCACGAUGCUUCACAGUGUUGAAGUUCUGCAGGAUUGUCAACGGCCAGGAGACCUGCCUUGACGUCGCAGGGCGGUGUGCCCUGGGCGGCGUCGACCGGUGUGUACUGGUUUUGCACACGGGGUCGAUGGCCCACGUGCGGCAUGUAGAGGAGGACAGUGACACGGAUGUGUCACCGAUGUCUCCAAAGCUGCAUUUGAGAAUUUCAGCUGUGGCUGGCUGCUUGCAGCUUCAGGAGCCUGACAAUUCUUGGGGAUGAUUUCAUUAUCGAGUGAUGCGUGAAUCUGUAAGGUUCUUCAGCCUGGGACAACUGGCCAUGAUUAGUUUAGAAUGCCUAGUGAGCCUAGUGCAUCAUCGACCUUUGUUUGUGCUAGGUCGCGAAAGCCUACUCUGACACUGAGGUAUUGAAUGGCAAAACCAACAAGUGACCAUGAAUACUUGUACAAUCAUUAUGCGCAUCAUGACCGUUUUUUUUCAAAUAGCAUCGUCAUGGUUCAAAUAAGGUAAGAUAUGCCUUAGAUCCAGACUCGUUGCCUGCUGAGGAGUUAUUGAAAGGUGGACAGCAAAAGCUGAUCGAGCUGUGUUCUGAUCCAGUGUCGUUGGAGGAGGAUG